CGUCCCCAGCGAUUCGCACUCGCACAUCUGGCGCCAAAGCCAAAAAGCCCAAUUCACAUCCAAAGAGCCAAAUCAAAAGCCGUCAAAACACCAAACUCCGUUGAACGUCGCGCAUGCGCACGCGCGCUAAACGAAAUCGAAAACGAAAAGCGGUCUUUAAGUGACUGUUAUUAAGCGUAGAGCCUCUGGCCCAACCAGCAUCUAAAAAUCGUUACAUAAUCGAGAGUGGAAACUGGACAGCACCGGGCUUCUGGUCAAGUUAAGGCAAAAAAAAAAAAUUAUAACCAAAAUCCCGCUUCUGCGCACAAUUGGCCAUGUCGUCGCCGCCCAGCCAGCGGACUAAUUAAUGCUCGUUCGUGGAAAGAAAAGCAAAAGCGAAGCUGAGGAACCUCGUAAAUUAUAAUAUUUAAGGCCGGGAAAAAAAGUGCUUGGCCUGAGAGACGCGAUCCGCCUUCGUUCCCAGUUCCCAAUCCCCCAAAAAACAAUCCCUCUGGAAAAAUAGAAGAAAAACAAACCCUCAACCGCCCAUUUGACUGGCAGCGUGAAAGUGAAAAGCAUCUGGUCAUCGGCAGCAGGACAAAGCUACAGCUACAGAUAUAGAUACUAUAUAGAGAUACGAUCCGUAAACGGCCUCUGUGGGUCAGUCAUGCGCGCGAUGAGCAGUUGAGCUGCGCCAGCUGCCCGAGGAGCGGCCACCAAGAUGAUGAAGCCAUCACAGUCACAAUCACGGCCACAGUCGCGGUCGCAAUGGCAGUGCCACUGGCAGAUCCCAGUGGCAAAUACAGCGACCUUGAGCUGGCUGUACCUCCUGCUGCUGCUGCUGCCUUCUUCCAGGCAGUUUGAGACGGACUGUGGCUGUCGUCCAGCGCGUAGAGGACCACGGAUUAUUGCAGGAGCAGCCACGAAUGAGGGUCAGUUUCCCUGGCAGGCCUCCCUGGAGCUACUGCAUCCGUCGCUGGGAUUCCUGGGCCACUGGUGCGGAGCGGUGCUGAUCCAUCAGUAUUGGAUACUUUCCGCCGCUCACUGUGUUCACAACGAUCUCUUUAACCUGCCCAUUCCACCGCUGUGGACGGUGGUCUUGGGCGAGCACGAUCGCGAUGUGGAAUCGGGCAACGAGCAGCGCAUUCCCGUCGAGAAGAUCGUGAUGCACCACCGCUACCACAACUUUCGGCACGACGUGGUGCUGAUGAAGCUCUCAAAGCCAGCGGACCUCGCGCGGCCCUCUAAUAUCCGGCGAAUCUGCCUGCCUUUCCUACUAGCCGAAUCGCAAGAUGCUCCCCUUUCGGAUGCAGCGUCUCCGACAGCAUCAGUCGAUGAGGAUGUACUCAUCCAACAGCUGGACCUGGAGGAUAUUCCCGAAAAGAUCGACAACUUCCUGCGCAGCGUCCAGAGUCGGAGGCGCUACAGGAAUGUCACGGCUCCCAGCAUGAAGGAGCUAAUGAACAUGAAAAUCCUUAGCAGGAUGCGUCAAGCGCUGGCGCAACGCUCCCCGCGCAGUUUGAAACGCUCCCGAAGACGCAACGACAAGCUUAUGAAGCUGGGUCCUCGGAGGGACUUGGAGGAUUCUGUAGAGCAGAAGCACCUCAAAGUCAAUGAUGAGCCAAAGGAGAUGGCCUUUGUGGACUGCGUGGCCACGGGCUGGGGCAAAGCCAACAUCAGUGGUGAUCUGUCCAAUCAGCUGCUGAAGACUCAGGUGCCACUGCACCAGAAUGGGAGGUGCAAGGAUGCCUAUGGCAGCUUCGUGAACAUCCACGGCGGACACCUGUGCGCUGGGAAGCUGAACGGUGAGGGCGGCACCUGCGUGGGCGACUCUGGCGGACCUCUGCAGUGCCGCUUGAACCGUGACGGACCUUGGAUCUUGGUUGGGGUAACCUCCUUCGGUUCUGGCUGUGCCCUGGAGGGCUUUCCGGAUGUCUAUACCCGCACCUCCUACUACAUGAAAUGGAUCGAGGACACGAUCGCCGCCCACUAAAUCAAGG